GACUUAGUACACUAGAAACAACACACUAGACUUAGCACACUAGAAACAAGAGAUACAACACAACACACUAGACACAACACACAAAUUAGAUACAAUAAUCUAGAUACAACACACUAGACACAGCACGCUAGUUUUGUUUUUAGAUUUACACACAUACAACUUGGUCUAUACAAGGAGAAUGACUCAAUAUAUACCACCUAGACUAAAAUUCGAGCCUCUCUUCUUUAAUCCUAUACAUCACUAUCAAAGAGGGAUUCUCGUUGGAGAAAAUUACCCGAAAGUUAUUAAACAGAACUCUCAAGAGAAUCUACAUUUCGGCCACUGUAAAAGACGUGAAGACACCGACAUGUUUGAGCACCCCUACUUCUCCCCCAACUACCUUCAGAUGCCGUCCAACUACAGCUCAGGCCCAUCCUACUGGCUGGACACCCGCCGUACCAAGGACGAGCUAUCGCGAUGGGCUAACGAUGGUAUCCGGCACGACCGAGCGUUCGGCGAGUGGCACAACGUCUUUGGAACCCGCUACUUCUACGGCGAUACCAGGCGCCUCUGAAAAGCUGCUUAGCUGCGCGGAGACAUGAACAAUAUUUUGAUCUGGCCACUAACUUUGCCCACACCAACGUGAACAAACGGCUAGAUAUUUCCACGCUAAAACACGCAGUCCAGUCUACAGGCAUAGGGAGAUACGGGGAUCCAUUAGUACAUUUAAACGCGUAUUUUUUUUUUUUACUAGUACUAGUAUAGUUGCUGAAAAUUAAUUAAACAUAGGUCUAGAUGUGGUUAUAAAAAACAAACAUUAUUCUUUCGCCAAUACAUCUAUAAAAACACGCAGUAAAAGAUAAAAUAUUGGA